AUGACCGUGGAUCCAAAUACUUUGCAAGCUGCGCGGCAUCGGCGCUUCCUCGAGGCCAUCCUCGUCGCCGGCCUGAAGAGCGCCAGCCGCGCCCGCCUGCCGCCCGCGGCGGAGGAAGACCCGCAGUUGGAGGCGAUCGCGAGUUUUUGCAAGUCUCACGAUCCGUUUGGCGACGAUGGAGCUCUGGCGGACGCGACAAGCUCCCUGGAGGCGGAGUCGUUUCUGCUGAGCGGCGUCUACUGGACGCUGGCGGGUCUGAGCGUGCUAGGUAGCGAGGCUGAGCAGGCCGAUGCGGGCAGCGAAGGCGAGCCGCGUUCCCUGGUUGCGGAGGUGCAGCGCUCUCAGUUGCUGGAACUGGUUUUGAAAUGCAAACGGUGCAUUCCGUGCAACCGGCACGCAGAAGGCGGCGUCGUCUGCAGCGCCUCGAUGUCCAGCGCGGAGGGCGAGCCAGAGUGUUCAGCGUGUUGUGUGGGCUUCGCGCCCAACCCCGACCCCUCUUACCCAGCCACGAGCUUGUCGACGCUCAGCGCCUUGCAGAUUCUCGUCCUCCUGGACAACACAGAUUCGUCGGUGCUACCCAGAAGGCUGCUGGCUCAGAUCCAGCGCUUCCUUAUUCGGUUGCAAGAUCCUGCAAGCGGAGCCUUCAAAAACCGCGUCGCGGGAUACCCUGACGGCCCGGCUGAACCCGAUAUGCGCUUCGCGAUGUGCGCCAUCGCGAGCUUCCGACUCACGCAGCUUAUCCUUUAUCACAACGAGCGCGCGGGGCGUACCGCGGACAGCCCAGAGCUUGACGCUUCGAGGGCUUUGAGGGGAGGGAAGGAUACGCGACAAGCGGAAGCCGGAAGCUGCAAAGAGGAUGGCGCCGUUGAGCAGACGCCACGGGACGGCGGGCCUUUGGGGACGAAGUGGGUCGCUGCCGACACGGCCGGGCCCGUGGCGCACGACACACAGAACCCCGUUCUUCGCAACUACAUCGAUAUCAGCCAGCUGUUUAAGUGGCUGAUGCUGUGUCAGAACCUCGACGGCGGCUUCGGCUGCUUCCCAGGCUGCGAGUCGCACGGAGGAACGACGUUCUGCGCAGUUGCCUGCCUUGGGCUGAUGGGACUUCUGCUCCGUCUCCCGGCUCCUGCGCGGCUUUCCCUGGAAGGGUGGCUGAGCGAGCGACAGGCACUAAGCGGCGGCCUGAACGGUCGGCCGGGAAAAGACGCGGACUCCUGCUACUGUUGGUGGAUUCUAGCUUCGGCGAAGAUUUUGGGAAUGGAUCUCGCGUCAGUGUAUGACACGCAACGCCUGCAGAAUUUUGUUUUAUCGUGUCAGGCCCCAUGUGGCGGCGUCUCGCGAGCGGAGCAGAGCCGUGCGAGGCGUCUGGGGAAGGAACAUCGAAACAGGAAACAAACAGACGAAGCUGCGCAGGAACAGGCUCCUGAUGGCGCUGAAGCUCCGGAAGCCGGGGCAGAUGCCCAGCGGGAACAUGAAGAGUUGGAUGAUCGUCCCGCAAACAGUCUUUUUGGGAGAGGCCGGAUGGAAGGCUUUCCCAGUUCAAAACGGGAGCCAGAUCCAUUCCAUACGUUUUUCGGCUUGGCUGGCCUUUCCAUUCUUGUUAAGGAAAUGCAUAUUUCGCAAGUCGAUCAGCAAACUGCAGAGGACUACUCCAUUCUGGCACGUCGGCUGGCGACUGUGCAUCCGCUCUUUGGACUCCCUUGCUCCUGUUUGAAGCGCUACAACAUUUGA